GUUUGACAUACUGACAUUUUGUCAUUAAUCAUGUCAUUAAAUUUUAUGUAAAAGAACAAAUAUAAAUUUGCAGUAAAGAAAACACACAAAAUGAGUAAACAUUUGCAUACCCUUCUUUUAAACGGCGUGAAUUUGGAACCGGGAAAGAGCCGAAAUAUGUCGCAGUACGCGAAAUUGCUUCUCCACGCCGGUAAAAAGAAGAACGCGACGAUUGAAGAAGACAACCGAGCUGUCGUGUCUUCUUCAGAAAAAAACUCCAACUGCUGCUUUCCGCAGAAAAUCUUCCAGGACCCCGAUGUUAUGUUCGCGUACAAAAACACCUUGGGCAUGUGUCGACAAUUCUUAAACACCAAGGACAAGAGUCUGGCCUUGGCUAAGGAGCGUUACUUUAACGUGAAAAAAAGGGGCGGGCAAAAGUUGAGCGACAGAGAUUGUUUCACCCUAUUGAACGACAAAGCAAAGAUUCUGAACAUCGCUGGGACCGACGAUGAUUUGUUCAGGUCGGUAUGCAUCAGUUCCAAGAAGAGCGAGUUGGGAAAAUUUUUCGGGAAGGAUUACAACAGAAAUAAGAAAUUCGAUUUCAUACGGCAAGUUCAAAAUGUCCAUUCGAAGAAAGUUAACAAAUGGCCAGUAAAGCGCAUUAAUAGCUACAAGACCAGGAGUAUGGAGGAAAUUAAAUUGAAGAAGAAUGCUUCAAAGCAAAUUGUGACAAGGCGUAAUAAGCAUAAGUAUGAUAUGGCUGGGUUGAGGAUGAAAUUGUUGAGUCAAAAUAGAAAACCACGUGAAGAUCUGUCAUUGUCCAUGGCACCUUCGACUAAAAAAGAUUUGGGUACUGUACCGAAUGAAUAUACAUAUUCCAGAAGGGGCAGAUAUUCUAAUGGUCGAGUAAAGAGGGUAUCUUCAAUGCAUUUGAUCGAAAACAUACAAAGAUUAGCUCAUAAAAAGGAUGACAAAAAACGAUUUUUAAAAUUGAGCAAUACCCCUGUGGAAUCAUUGAAUAUAGAAAGCAAUGCCCUGUCAAAACAAUACUUUAGUGAGUUCAAUCGAAUACAAAAAACGUUGGAUAGUCUCUUACAUGAGUACAAUGCUAUGAAAGCAAUGUUAAAAACACACAAAAGUGAUGCCGAUUUGGCCAUCAAAGAUCCAGGCAUCGUUGAAACUAAAAAAGAGACGCAGCCACAGGAAAGUUUCUUAAAAUUUAACGAUCCAAUCCAUCCAGUUGAACCCCAAACCUGGAACGGUUUUGGAGAAUACGAACUAAAAAAAAAUCUGGUACCACAACAACCACAACCAACAAACAAGGAAACUAAAGUCUACGAGUACAAACAUGAUUCGGCAAUUCAAGAUCAGAAACAACUCGAUGCCAUACCACCAAAUGAACCAGUGGAAGUUAUUUCUUCGAAAGCAAACGAAGAAGAAGAAAAUCCUCUUCCAUACUUAACAAGUCCGCAAGUACAAAACAUGAACGACGAAAUCUUUAAUCAUCAGAACCAGAAAGAAGAGUGUAUCGGAUGUAAACCGAAAAAUGAUCGUUACAAAUUGAAGAUGCGCAAACCACUUAGCAAUGGCGUACCCACUUUGGCGUCGGCCAGAAAAUGGUUCACAGAAGUUGAAAAUAAAAAUGCUAGGCUGAAUAUACUUUUAAAUGACCCCGAAGAAAACACUUUCAAUAUCAAAUUUUCGAAAGCGAAACACGAUAUUUUUAGACCCUAAAAGAGAACCUAACAUUUACAACAAUAUUAAAGAAAAUAACAGCAUCGUCAAAUAUGAAAAAAACACUAAAUCCAGUAAUAUUAUGGUUGAAGAAAACAAAAUUAAAGAGGCCAAGAACUAUGCUCAAAAAGUAACAGAUACUCCAAUUGAAGAAAACAAUCAAGUUCAAUUUAAUUUACAACCUAUUGAAGAAGAAAACAUUAAAUUGGAAAAAAAUAUUAAAGAAGAAAAUAACAACAUAGUCAAAAAUGAAAUAAUGACAAUUAACAGUGAUAUAAAAGUUGAAGAAAACACAAUUAAAGAAGCAAAAAACUAUGUUAAGAAUGAAACAGAUGUUAUUAAACUAAAAGAUCAAAAUACAAUUGAAAUUACAGAGGAUAAUUUACAAAAAAUUAAAAAAGAAGACAACGGUCUUAAAAUUAAUGAAAACAUUACAGAAGAAACAUGUAUAUGUAAAACAGACGAACACAGUAAAAUAGAAGAUAAAUCCACUAAAAAUGAAGAACAAAGUGUGUAUAAACUAGAUUGUCUUGAAAAGGAAGAAAACAGUGUUAAUCCCAAAUUAGAAAAAAAUGGCAUAAUAAAAGAAGAAACUCCCAAAAAAGAAGAAAACAUUGCUAAAUUACAAGAAAGCAGUAUAACAAAGAAAAAAAACAGUAUUAAGCUAGAAGACAGCAAUAUUAAACUAGAUGAAGAAAGAAACAUGCAUAAUCUUAAAAACAAAUGCAAUAAAAAAGAAGCUAUAAAAGAAGAAAUCCCUAAAAAAAAAGAAAACAUGUAUAAAUUUAAAGAUGACAGUUGUUUGAAAGAAAAUGAUAGCAUUUUUAAAAUGGAAAAAAUCAAUAUCAAGAAUAUUGAAAAUAUUAUGCCAGAAAAUAUUAAUAUAAAAGAAACCAGUAUUAUGAAGGGAAUGGAAAACAUCAAGUUGGAAGAGAACUUUAUUAGAGAAGAAAGUGAUAUUAAAGAAAAACAAGAUCUUAAAGAAAUUGGUACUUUUGUAUUACGAACCAGUGCUUGUAAAAAAUUCGACAGUACUUCAAAAAGGCCCGUUGUUACAAAUGAAGUUUUCUUGAAGACAGAUACAAGAAAAUUUCAAUCAUGUCACAAUAUUGGAGUAAUAAAGGGUAUUGAAGAAGAUCCAUAUACUCCAAAAGAAAGUCCAUUGAUGGUACGAAAAAUCGUUUCGGAAAUUCAAAAAAAUUGUCACACAACAAUUGAUAAAUGUUAUAGAUCAGAUAUUAAAACUAAACCAGAUACAGAUCAAAACAUCAAUGUUAUUAAACGUUUGAUUUUAUGCAUUUAUAGAGAUUGUAAUACAAACAAACAAAAUUUGCCGGAAAAUUUCCUGAACAACCCAAACAGGGAGGCAUCUUUUAACUGCUUAAAAGAAAUAGUACCUGGAACAGAAAACGAUAAUGCAAAUUUCUAUAUAAAAAGAUCAAACAACUGCCAUAUUUAUUGUAAAGGAUCUCUCAAAAGUAAGCAAAGUCUUACAGAAACCUCUGAAAGCAAUACAAAUAAAGAAAUGUAUGGAAUGCCACAAAAGCAAAAAGAAUCAACUGGAUAUUGCAGCAAAAAUGAUUUGCGGUCUACUAAAUUUGUUACUAAAAGAGAAAAUGGUAAUAUAUGGGUGGUGAAUGCAACCAAUACUUUUGUUGUCAAUAAUUUUAUAGUACCAAAUCCGUUAUUGAAAAGGGUUGAAAGUAUUAAUAAUGAUUUACCUGAAAAAACUGAUGAUGAUAAAAAUACUAACGUUAAUGAAGCUAUUGAUAACGUAAACUCAAAAGAAGUGGUGGAACUGUUUACCACACAAACGCCAGAAAAUAAAGAAUUUCCUGAAAAAUUGAACCGUCUAAAAUCUCCAAAGAAAGAAGAGUCCACAAGUUAUUUCGCUAAGGUUUUCGAGAAAAUUUCAAACAUAGACGUGCUUAAAGUGUUUUCUGGCAUGUUUAAAAUUCCAUUUAGUAAAACAGAUAUAUCAGAAGAGCCUUUGGAGAGAAAUACUGAGACUUUUAUUGAAUUAUAUAAGAAAGAAUUUUUAAAAGAUGUUAAAUCCAAAGUUGAUAUCGAAGAUAAAAAAUUAUUAAACACCAUAAGUGGCUGUAUGGAUUCUGCGUACAAGCGAUUCUCAGAUCAAACUGCCAAAGAAAAAGCAUUUAAAAAACUGAUAUCUUGUGUGGACAUUCAAAACAGAAAAUACAGCACAACUACUUCGUCAGUGGAUAAAAAUACUUUAAAUAACGCAACCAAAAAUACAGUGAUUGAUAAAGCGGAAGUGUACGCUAUCAAGCAAAUCGAAAAAUCUCAAUCUGUAAAUGAUUUCUCAAAGUUUAUUAGUCCUUUUAAAUAUCGAGUCCACGAUCCAUACUUUGAGGAAAAUGAAAGAGAAAUAAAAGGCAAUAGGGAUUUGUUUGUACAAGUAAAAUCUUCAGCUCUUAAAAAGCCUGAGUAUGAGACUCCAGAUGUGGAUGAAAAUAAAUUCAGCAAGCCCAGUGCGCAAAACAAAGUUGUUUUAUCCGAUAAAGAUCUGUUUAACAAGCUGCAGAGGCAACACAUUGCUAAAGAGAUAGAGACAAAAAGCAAAAUCAUCCAAGAAAUUGCAAAAUUGCCUGAAGUUGAGACUACCGACCCCAUAAGGCUUGAAAAGGUCGAGGAUUUAAAAGAAAAAAGCACCUCACUUCUAGAGAGAAUGGAGGAAAGCACUGCUGUUCAAAUGCUCAAAAAAGUUAGCGUUUCUCUGAGAGAUUUGGCCAACCAAAUUUUGCGCAUUGAUGAUUCCAAACCGGAAAUGCUUUUAAGGGAGUGUAACAUUGACGAGGUGGCGGAUCUUGAUGUGGAUGCAUUACAGUUAAUCCUAAAUGAUUUAAAGAACAAAUACGUAACAUUCCCAGAGGGCAACAACUUAAAUAUCAUUGAUGCCAUAAAUAAAGUUAUCAAUAAUGAUGAAGAACACAUAAUACCCUAUGAGACAAAUACUAUGCAGAAUAUUUUAGGGGCAUUUUUAUUGGAAACCAAAGAGAAACCCGAAAAUAAAGAUUUACCAAAGCAAGAAAACAAUACAAGUGUUGUAGAUCGCCUCAAAAACACACUUAUUAUAUCCGAAGAUGGUGAAACUCGAUCACUUUACAAUGAAGUUAAAAAUGUUAUAAUUAACAGGGCAAGAAAACCAAAAAUUUAUUUAAUAAAAUGUAAAAAUUAAAUCAGUAUGCCACUAUUUUUUUUAAACAAAAUGCAAAUUUGUUCAAUAUGUCCAUUGUAACUAUAAUAAAAAUGUAUUCAAG